AUGCUCUUACGUAUCCAUAGAAGGUCAAACUUACCGUCGAGGUUACUUCUGUCUUCACUGAGUAAAGUCGCUGGUAUUACUACUAGCAACGACAAUAGUUCCGCUACUACCGUAUUUACUGAAGCAAGGAGACACUAUUAUCAAGAAGGUGGCUCCAAGAAUAGUAGUAAUAAUAAUAACAGAGGUUCCAAAAGAAGAGAUUGGGAUUCUGAUUCCAGAGGUCCUCGUUAUUCAAAACAUUACAACAACAAUAAUGAUAGAGGCAGCAGUAAUUCGGGUUAUUUUAACACCAAGAACUAUGGUGGUAACAGAGGAGGAAGAUCCAGCGGUGGCCGUGGUGGUAGCAGCAGCAGACAAUAUCCUCCAAGAAGAUACGACACAAUGGAGGACGCAGAACCAACUUUAGAGACAAAUUCAAAGUUUACCAAAAAGGUCGUUAGAUUAGAUAGUACAAACAAUAACGAGGAAGUCACACUGGACCAACUUCAUGAGGAAGGUAUUAUUGAUACUAUGCUACAUAAAUCGAUUUCGAGAAUGGGGUUUCCUGGAUUAUCUCCAGUACAACAACGUACUAUUAAACCAAUCUUAUCCUCUACGACAAAUGAUGAUGUCAUUGCCAGGGCUAAGACUGGGACGGGGAAAACUUUUGCAUUCUUAAUUCCUAUGUUUCAACAUUUGAUUAAUACUCAAUUGGAUUCAAGGUAUAUGGUUAAAUGUGUCAUAGUGGCACCAACGAGAGAUUUGGCAUUACAAAUUGAAGCGGAAGUUAAAAAGAUUCAUGAUCAUAAUUAUGGCUUGAAAAAAUUUGGUUGCGUUUCAUUGGUGGGUGGUACCAAUUUCGGUAUGGCAAUGAGAAGAAUGGAUCAAAUUAGACCUAAUAUCGUCAUUGCUACCCCGGGAAGAUUGAUUGAUGUCUUACAGAAAUAUGGUAACAAAUUCUUUAAAUAUGUCGAUUUCAAAAUUUUGGACGAGGCUGAUAGAUUAUUGGAAAUCGGAUUCAAGGAAGAUUUGGAAUUCGUUUCUGGUUAUUUGAAUGACAUUAAUGCAAAGGCUAAGGAUCAUAUAAGAACGUUGUUAUUUUCUGCCACUUUAGAUGAAAAAGUUCAAGUCUUAGCUAAUGAAAUUAUGAAUAAAGAUCAAUGUUUAUUUUUAGACACUGUGGAUAAGAAUGAACCAGAAGCUCAUGAAAAGAUUGACCAAGCUGUGGUAGUUACAAACCAUUUUGCUGAAAGUGUUUAUGCCACGUUAGAUCAUUUACAGAAACAAAUCGUUGCUGAUCCUGGUUAUAAAGGUAUAUUAUUUGCUCCUACUGUCAAAUUCACAAGAUUCAUUGCAAAAUUAUUACAAAAAGAAUUUACAAAUGAUUUACCUGUAUUGGAAUUCCAUGGUCAAUUAGAUCAAAGAAGAAGAACUAACCUUGUCAACAAUUUCAAGAAAAUGGAGAAGGGAUUAUUGGUUUGUACAGAUGUAGGAGCUCGUGGUAUGGACUUCCCUAACGUUAAAGAAGUUCUUCAAGUCGGUGUCCCAUCUGAAUUACCAAAUUAUAUUCAUAGGAUUGGUAGAACUGCUCGUAGUGGUAAAGAAGGUUCUUCAACUUUAUUUAUUUGUAAAGAUGAGUUACCAUUCAUCGAUAGAUUGAAAUUCGAGAAAAACAUUAUUAUUGAAAAUUCCAGAGAUUUCCAACCUGAUGAAGAAAUGAGAACGGAAUUUGCCAAGAAGAUUGAAGAAAAUUCAUCUUUAGGGUUUGGCGAGGUUUUAAUUAGUGUCAUUUCAUUUUAUAGAUCAUGCAUUAAAGAAUAUGGGUUCCGUGAAAGAGAUAUUCUACCAGAAAUUGCAUCGUCAUACGCCGUUUUAUUAAAUAAACCUGAUGCUAAGAUUCCUGUGGAAAGUUUCUCCUUCCUUGAAAAAAUGGGGUUAGCUCGUAACGGCAGAGUACGUGAUAUGUUUGAAGUGAAACCAAGAAACUAUGAUGAGGAAGGAGAUGGUAACGAUGAAUUCAAUGGUGAAGAUAAUGAUAGCUUUGGUGACGGAGGUAACUAUAGAUAUAAUAACAACAACCGCAGAGGGAAUUAUGGUCAUAGUAACAACCGUAGAAACAACUACAAUUCAAACAGACGUAGAACAUAUGAUAACAAUAACUCAUUUGAAUAA